AUGUCCCCCUUUCCCGCAGCUGCGCAGUGGGAGCUUCCCUUCUUGGUUACUGUUUUUUCUUCUUUCCUUCCCCCUGCCUUGGCUAAAUCUGAUGAAGGAAAGGAAGUGAAAAUAUAUGCUGGUCCAAAGGGUGCUUUUGACAGCGUGCAGGCCAGCAUUCCUUGGUUCUUUGGGCGUCUCUGGCUUGGAACUUGCUCCCAGCAGCUUUGCUUGAUGAGUUUGCCAACCUCCUUCACGUGUUUUCUGUUUUUCAAAAGAGCUGAAGCUUUUGUGGGCUAUUUUGGGAUUUUAUAA